UUUUUCGUUCUGUUCAUUGUUUUUUUUUCUUCUAUCUUCUUGAAGACUAACUGUUUUUGACUAAAACCACUGAGUGGUAAUAUGAGCGCCUAUGAUCCUCUUUCCGGCCACCCGGGCCAUCUCUCUGAGGCUCAAGAAACUGCUUUGAAGGAAUUUCGCCAAGAGCUCACUACCGAAGAACUCAUUCCGGCGGAUUGGGAAGCUCUGGUUCAGCGAAUCGGGUACAACCGUUUUGACGACCAGACAUUACUUCGUUUCCUGCGGGCAAGAAAAUUUGACCUGCCCAAAGCCAAGUUGAUGUGGGCGAACAAUGAAAAAUGGAGAAAGCAGUUUGGAGCGGAUGAGAUUGCUGCCAAUGGCUUCGACUACCCCGAACAAAGUCAAGUGGUCAAGUACUACCCUCAGUUCUACCAUAAAACCGACAAUGACGGCCGACCUGUAUAUAUUGAACAACUCGGCAAGCUCGAUAUCAACAAACUCUAUGCCAUCACAACGCAAGACCGACAGCUGAAGAGGUUGGUUUCAGAAUAUGAGAAGUUUUUGAGGGAUAGGCUGCCUGCCUCAUCGAAGAUGACGGGUCAUCUUGUGGAAACUAGCUGUACCAUUUUGGAUCUGUACAAUGCCGGUAUUUCUACAUUUUACAAAGUGAAAGAUUAUGUCAGAGCAGCCAGCGCCGUCGGCCAAAACAACUACCCCGAAGUGAUGGGACACAUGUUUAUCAUCAAUGCACCAUAUCUCUUCUCAACCGUCUGGUCUCUCAUUAAACCCUGGCUGGACGAAGCCACUGUCCGCAAAAUCCACAUCUUGGGCAAAAAUUACAAGCCCGAGCUUUUGCAGUACAUCCCCGCCGAAAGCUUGCCCGCUGAUUUGGGGGGUACGUGUAAAUGCCCUGUCGGGUGUGAAAUGAGUGAUGCAGGGCCCUGGAAUGUGAGUACGACGACGGCUGUCUGAGAUAGGUGUAAGGAGUGGGAUAAAGAAUGCUUCUCUGCUUGUUGUUUCUGACUUUUUGGGGGAAGACGUUGUAUAUGGUUUUAAUAGAGUUGGAAAAUGUAUGACAUCUUACACAUGCCACUAAUGUGGCCUUGUUUACAUGACCUCAUACUCUUUGAGUCACUGGAUGCAUUGAAAGAUUGGAUCAUUAGCCUAUACUGUGCGUUACGGAGACUAAAUGAACAAUGGAAAGAGUCACGUGGUAAUAGAGAGAGAAAAGUAAAGGUCUCAGGUAUGGAAAGGAAAAUCACUGUAAAAUCUACUAUCGUUCCAGGCCGUACAACUGUCAUAACUAAAUGAGACGGUAAAGUAAGC